AAGUCGACGGAGCUGCUGAUCCGAAAGCUUCCCUUCCAGCGCCUGGUGAGAGAAAUCGCUCAGGACUUCAAGACCGACCUGCGCUUCCAGAGCGCCGCCAUCGGAGCGCUUCAGGAGGCCAGCGAGGCGUACCUGGUGGGUCUCUUCGAGGACACCAACCUGUGUGCGAUCCACGCCAAGAGGGUCACCAUCAUGCCCAAAGACAUCCAGCUGGCCCGCAGGAUAAGAGGCGAGAGAGCCUGAGCAGCCGAGACGCACCUGACGCUAUUUAUCUUAACAUUAUCGUGGAGUUUUUAUUUCUUGGGUCUUUUUUUUUUUUACCAGGUUGACAUUUUUGUAUUUUAGAUUCGUGACAAUUCAAGAAAUCAUUCCACGAGUUCUCUUAGGAUAGUUGGAGACGUGUUGUGCAGUAGGAGUGUUUCACCUAUUCCAUCAUGUAGUCUGUUUGCCAGCUCAGAGUCACACGGGCCUCCAGCACCUAGAAACUACCGGAUGCUAACUUUCAUAUGUCGGGCAAUUGGCGUUAAUUGACAUGCAGACAAUAGUUUAAAAAUGCCUUGGCUGGUUUGGACAGUUAUGGAGGUAAGAGAGGAUGUGUCGAUUUCUGACCCAAAUGGCAGAGCGUGGUUAAUUUUUGGGUCACUUUUAAGGGACUCAAAAACCACGCUUUGAUUCCAAAUGUGUCAGAAAUGGAUCCAGAAUACGCCCAGCAACCUCAAAGUGUCCCAAUCGGCCGACUGUUGCUAUCGUCUGCAUAAGAAAGUUAUUAUCUGGCAUGCUUGGAUGUGCUGGUGACCCGUCCUGUACAUUGCUAACAUGACUUCUUCACCAUUUCCUGGUUCACUGCUGGCAUUUAGACUAAUGGAUCAUUUCUGGGUUUCACCGCCAUCUCUCGGUCCUCUGUGGGCUUCAGGCUCCCGCUCUGAGGCCGGGGGAACAUCUUCUUCCAUGGGGGGUUCAGGGUCUCUCUAUCAAACACCAUGUGUCCUAUGCGAGCACGACAGGCCCCCCCCUCCCCCCUCCUUCUUCGGACUGCUUUUUACGUGUUUUUCAACAUCAAAUCUCGGCAGCUACAUUUAAUACUAUUUAUGAAAGUGUUGUCGCAUGUCUUUCUAUUAAAGGUCUUUAUGAGUAGAACGCCUGGUGUGUGGGUUUCAGUCAAUAAAAAGUGUGUUUUUAUA